AAGAAGUGAUUUUGUGAUAAUUAAUAAAUAAAAUCGAAAGAAUUAUGAUUAUUGAAAAAGUGAUCGACAGAGCAUCAACUUCGGAAUUAUGGAGUUUUGCUAGUAUUUUACUCCUUGGAAUAACAGUUUACACAUUUUGGGGUUAUUUGAAGUCGGUGCUGCUAUCAUUGAAAUUAUCAGGGCCACCGACAGUGCCAUUUUUGGGCAAUUGCCUGCUGAUCAAAGAGAGAGAUUUACUCUCAAACAGAGCUUCAAAAGCAUACGAUUUAUAUGGAUCACUCGUCCGAAUAUGGAUAUUAUUGUUUCCAUUUUUUGUCGUACUUCAACCAGAUGAUCUUCAAACUAUACUCUCAUCGAAAAAACACACAAACAAGGUGUUUUUAUAUCGUUUGAUGCAUAAUUUUUUGGGAAAUGGUCUUAUUACAAGCAGUGGAGAAAAAUGGAGUACACAUCGGAGACUUAUUCAGCCGACUUUUCAUUUGACAAUUUUGGAGAAAUUUAUUGGGACAUUUGCAGAUGCAUCGCAAGCUUUGUUUGAUAACUUGGAUCCAUUGGAGAAAGAGAUUAAUAUUGCUAAAUUUGUUAAUAAUUGUGUUGUUGAUAUUUUAAAUGAGGCUGUUCUUGGUGUUCCAGUUAAGAAAGACAAAGAUAGUGUCAACAUGGAAGAGUCACCAUUUAGACAAGGCAAAAUUUGCGUCCCACAACGCUUUAUUCAGCCAUGGUUACUACUUGAUAGUAUUUACCACAUGACCAAACUAGCUUCCGAAGAGAUGGACCAAAAAAAUCGUCUUAACGAUUUUACUCGAAAAAUGAUUAAAACUCGCAGACAUAUUAUGGAAAAUGGACCACCAAGUGAUCGGAAAUGUCUGUUGGAUUUCCUAAUUGAAAUCUCAGAUAACAACAAAGACUUUACCGAAGAGGAUAUUGUAAAUGAAGCUUGUACCUUUAUGUUAGCCGGUCAAGACUCAGUUGGUGCAGCAACAGCUUUCAGUCUUUUUCUUCUAGCUCAAAAUCCAAAUGCACAAAAGAAGUGUACCGAUGAAAUUGAUGCCAUCUUUGGGGAUGAUAACAGACCUCCUUCAAUGACAGAUUUGAGAGAAAUGCGAUACUUGGAAAUGUGCAUUAAAGAAUCCUUACGUCUGUAUCCUAGUGUGCCAUUGAUUGCCCGAAAAAUUGGUGAAGAAGUUCAACUUAGCAAGCAUAAAUUGCCUGCAGGUAGCAAUGUUUUCAUCUGUCCAUAUGCUACGCAUAGGAUAAAACACAUCUAUCCAGAUCCAGAGAAAUUCGAUCCGGAACGUUUUACGCCGGAAAAUUGUGAGAAAAGACAUCCCUACGCAUAUAUUCCCUUCAGUGCAGGACCUCGAUAUUGUAUUGGCAAUCGAUUUGCACUCAUGGAAAUGAAGACUGUUAUAUCACGACUUUUAAGAAGCUAUGAAUUACUUCCGGUGCCGGGAAAGACACAAAUCGAAGCUCGAUUCCGAAUAACUUUAAGAGCUUCUGGUGGUUUAUGGAUCCGACUGAAACAGAGACGAGAAAUGGCGGAGCUUCGAGUGUCAAAUUAACCAGAAACAUUAGAAAAAGUUUAAUGAUAGAAUUUUGUUUAUAUUUGCCCAAGUGUCAAUUGCCUUAGAUUAAGAUUUAGGAUUACGGUUUGCACUUAAUUUAUAUAGGAGACCUUUUAACUCCAAAAUUGUAGUAGAAGGAGGUUCAAUAUUAAAAAUAAAAAUGAAGCUUUAAUAUGUAUAUUAACCUA